CAUGAUGGUACAGUAGGCCUACUCCUCAAGGGGUAAGAAGGCCCUGAUCAACCUAAACUUCAACCCACUAGGAUGAACACCAGCCGAUUCCUAGUUCCAUUGAUGUGCAGGAAAUGUACCAAAGCCAUCAUGGUGCCCGUUACGGAGAAUAGCGAGUACGGCUAUGUGAUCCUCACGGGGAGCUGCACCUUCUUCCUCAUGUCCUACCUCUCACACAACGUAGUCAAGGCUCGCAUAAAGUACAACGUGCUGUACCCUAAACUGUACAGUGACGACCCGGAGACCGGCACAAUCUUCAACUGCAUUCAGAGGGCACAUCAGAACACAAAUGAGGCCCUGACUCCCUUCUUGUUCUUCCUGGCUGUUGGAGGCAUCAAGCAUCCACGUGUGGCCAGUGCUUUGGGAAUGACCUGGAUUGUGAGCAGGGUAAUAUUUGCCCGUGGAUAUUACACUGGAGAUCCUGCGAAGAGGAGGCGCGGGGCGUUCGGGGACUUGGCUCUCAUGGGACUCUUCGUGACCUCUCUGAACUGCGCACGACUCAUGCUGGGUUGGCACUGGAAUUGAGGGCAUACUGUAUGUUGCCAAAUCAUCAAGGCAAAGUGAUGCCCAAUAAUCAUCUUCAUGGUGGCCAGAGGGGUACACUAAGAAGCUGGUUCAGGAGUAAACCAGGUUAAGUCUAGUCCAGGCUCUAGUCCAGGCUCUUCUAUUAGAUGAUUUACUUCUUAACUUAACCUGGUUUGUUCCUGAACCAGCUUAUUAGUAUAGGCCCUUGGUAAUGCAAAACAGGCACAAAACCCACAACAAAUACAAGCAAAUACAUCAAAAGGCCAAAACAAUAAAAUUCCACAACACAAAAACGUAAUAUGCUGCAAUGAUUUGAAUGCACUAUAUACUCUGUAUAAGAAAUGUAAAGAGAUAUGGGGGUGGUUGGGCUAGUUUCAGCCAAGGUUUUUUUUUCCGUUUGUAUGAUAUUCUGUAAUCCUAUCCUUUGUAAUGUGAAUAAAACAGGCAGCUAAAGUUUGCCAAGACUAUUGAA